AUGGCUAAAACUACAGUUAGCAGAUCCCAUCAACACUUGAACCACAGUAAACUAAAGCACUCACACAUACCUCUGACAAGGCUAGAGCCAGAGCCUGGUGACUUGAUAGAAAUCUUCUGUGUAGGUUAUCAGCACUGGGCUGUGUAUGUUGGAGACAGAGACACUGUUCACUUAGUGAACCCCCCUGAGCCAUUUUUUUACAUAUUUCAGGUUUGGAUUUGCAGAGGUCAAAAGAAAGAAAAACUCAUUGAUGUGGUCGGCAACAAUAAGUGGCAAAUAAAUAACAUACUGGACACAGAAUACAAAUCAAGGCCAGCCCAGCGAAUUGUAAAAAAUGCCCUUUUGUUUGUGGCUAAGGAUGUGAACUACACAAUGUCCAGUUGGAAUUGUGAGCACUUUGCUUCAGAGCAACGCUACGGCAAAGCCACAUCUUCACAGGUUUAACCACGUCACCUAACCUCCUCCUGUGCUCCCAUCAAAAUUACCAAGGCAAGUCUUGCAACUAAAUGAGUGGUGUGUAUAUGUGUGUGUG